UCAUUGGCCUCUGUGCAGUUGUCAAACCAUCACAGGCUAAUCAGUGCCUCUCUCUCAGUGGGAAACAAAGCAGCUCCUGCUUCCAAUACUUGACCUGCUGAUCUAUGGGCAAGGUGAACCCUUGCUCUGUACACAUUAAACUGUGCACUUAUUCCCCUUGAGCGUGUUAAUGAUGGGCGAGAGCACCAUUGAUAGCCCAGUUACAGAUUGUUAGAGACAACUGGUGCAAACCACUUCAGCCCAGAUUGAAAGGCCUGUAUCAGCAACAACACAGCAGGAUGUGUGUGUGUGUGUGUGUUAAUAUGUGUGUAUGUAUGUGUGUGUGUGUGUGUGUGUGUGUGUGUGUGUUACACCCUUUACCUCAGGGUGGGAGCAGAAAGGAGGUGACACAUGCUGCCUCCCCGGAAUAUAAAUGCAGGAGCCUUCUCGCUGAAGUGCUGCUGGCUCUAAGGCAUGACAGUUUAGUACGUUUCUUCCCCUGAACGUGCAUCCUUUCCCAAGGUCACAACUCGCCUGUAGCUCAGAGCUUUACUAAAGCACCACCCAGCUCAUUUGUCACUUACCAUCCAUUUCAACAUGGCAACCCGUUGGGGACUUUGUGGCGCAGGGAAGAUCAGCCAUGAUUUCAGUGUGGCCAUGAAGACUCUGCCUCCUGGAGAUCACCAGAUAGCAGUCAUUGCAUCGAGGAGCUUGGAGCGUGCCAAAGAGUUUGCCAAGAAGCAUGGUAUUCCUAAGGCUUAUGGCAGCUAUGAAGAGCUGGCCAACGACCCAGACAUUGACAUUGUAUACGUGGGGGUGCUGCACACAGAGCACUGGCGAAUUGGCCUGCUGUUCCUCAAAGCUGGAAAGAAUGUCCUAUGUGAGAAACCCUUUGCUAUGAACUCCAGGCAGGUGAAAGACCUCGUUACCAUUGCCAAGAAAAACAAUGUCUUCCUGAUGGAGGCCAUCUGGUCCCGCUGUUUCCCUGUGCACGCUGAGGUGCGCAGGCUGCUGGCUGAGGAGGCAGUAGGUGAGGUGAAGCUGGUAAAGGCCUACUUCGGUUCUCCUCAGCUACACAUCCCCCGCUCGGUGGAGAAGGAGUUAGGCGGAGGCGCUCUGCUGGAUAUUGGAGUGUACUGCCUGCAGUUUGUGCUGAUGGUGUUCAAUGGGGAGAGGCCAGAAUCCAUCCAAGCCACAGGGGUGCUGCUUGACUCAGGAGUGGAUGAGUCAGUGGUUGUGGUGAUGAAGUUCUCCAGGAAGAGAAUGGCCUUCUGUACCUUUUCGAUUGCUGCUCGACUUCCAAAUGAUGCUGUCAUCAGUGGCACUAAGGGCUCCAUUAAAGUCCUUGGCCCCAUGCACUGUCCUACAACUCUGGUGGUGAACGACAAGGAGACGGAGUACCCACUGCCUGAACCCUGCCUCCCUCUGAAUUUCACCAACAGCACUGGGCUUUGCUAUGAGGCAGAGGAAGUGAGGCAAUGCCUGCUUAAAGGACUUAAGGAGAGCCCACGGAUGCCUCUGGCAGACUCUGUCUUAUUGACAGAGAUCAUGGAUGAAAUCAGGAACCAGGUGGGAGUCGUCUUCAGCCAGGACAGCCAGUGACAUCACUCCAAAACCAGGCUGUUUCACCUGACCUAAACCUACUCAGAUGGAACAGAGGGAGCUGCUCGAGGCAGGCUUUGGAUCUUUGGUAUAAGCAGAUCACUCAUGGCACUGUGUGACAAAGCCUGAUGCAGAUGCAGUGUCACCGAGGAAGCUGUGACUUAGAGUGUGCUGUCACUGAAUUAAAGAUGCAAUCUGUAAAUUAGUGGAACAUGUAAAUCUUGGGUGUGUUAUUAGGGAGUUUGUUUUCCAUGUGCCUUUUAUAGUUCCAAAUAUAAUGCUACCCCAGAGUCACCAUGUAAACACAUUGUACACAGUACAAUAGACAAACACUGUCAGUUUUUCUAUUACACAGAUUAAAAAUGUCAGGUUGAAAACAUGUGUAAACCAGCCAAAUCACAAUGUAAACAAAUAUGGCCACAGUGUUGUGAUGUCACCAUCGUUUAAUUAAGACCCAGGCCUGUAAAAACAAACCCUGUUGUCACUGUUAGGUGUAUGAUUGAUGAAUCCAAUAAAGGACUGAUUGCAAAA